AUGGAUUUCCUAGAGGAUGGGAACCACACUGCAGUGACAGAGUUCAUUUUAUUGGGCUUGACAGAUGACCCAGUCCUUAGAGUCAUCCUCUUCAUCAUCAUCCUGUGCAUCUACCUGGUGACCGUGUCUGGGAACCUCAGCACCAUCCUUCUCAUCAGAGUCUCUUCCCUGCUCCAUCACCCCAUGUACUUUUUUCUCAGCCACUUGGCUUCUGUUGAUAUAGGCUACUCAUCUUCUGUCACACCCAAUAUGCUUGUGAACUUUCUGGUGGAAAAAAAUACCAUUACCCACCUAGGGUGUGCCAUCCAGCUGGGUUCAGCUGCUUUCUUUGGGACUGCUGAGUGCUAUGUUCUGGCUGUCAUGGCUUAUGAUCGCUUUGUGGCAAUCUGUAGCCCAUUGCAUUAUUCAACCAAGAUGUCUACACAAGUCUGUGUCCAGUUGCUUAUAGGAUCUUAUAUUGGUGGUUUUCUUAAUUCUUUCUCAUUUAUGCUUUCAUUCUUUUCUUUUUUCUUCUGUGGACCAAAUAGAAUCAAUCACUUUUUCUGUGAUUUUACUCCUUUAGUUGAGCUCUCCUGUUCUGAUGACAGUGUCUUUAUUGCUCUUGCAACUACUUCUGUUAGCAUUGCCAUUAUGAUCACAAUGCUUGUGAUAGCUGUCUCAUACAUCUACAUUCUUAUCACCAUCCUGAAGAUAUGUUCCACUGAGGGCCGUCAGAAGGCCUUCUCCACCUGCACCUCCCACCUCACUGCAGUCACUCUGUUCUAUGGAACCAUCACAUUCAUCUACAUGAUGCCUAAGUCCAGCUACUCCACGAACCAAAACAAGGUGGUGUCUGUGUUCUACAUGGUGGUGAUCCCCAUGUUGAAUCCCCUCAUCUACAGCCUCAGGAAUAAUGAUAUUAAAGGUGCUCUGGAGAGACAACUUGGCAGGAAAAUAUUUUCUUAA